AUGAAAUUUUGUGUUCUUGAUAGAGCUUUAGUAGAUCCCCAUAAGUCAUGUGGAUUCAUCUUCUUCUACCUACAACACCAUAUCUCGAUUCAGAGUCGUUGCCAGGUCAUCCCUGCAAUAGAACAAUGUCCCAUAUUCGCAUGCCGUGCAAAGAAGUCUGGCGAUGAGUCACCACCGGUAUUCGAGCCUUCAGUGGUUCGUUCAUGCGGUCCGAACCACUUCGACUGCACAUACGCCAGGCGGCGCCACGGAGGCACAACAAUGCCAGCUGUCUUCAUCGAUUUCUUGAUGGCCGCGCACAUGGUUUUAACCACUUGUCUCAGCUCGUCAGGUCUCCCGACAAAAAUUCGGGGGAACAUCGCCAGCAAGGCGGCGUAG